AUGUGCUGGAAUACCUAUAACGUGAUAUAUUAUAAAGAAAAAGAUAAGUAAUGUGAAGUGCCAACUUUUGAAGAUGGAUGGAGAGAUGAAAAUCAUGAAGAUUAUACAGAUGUUGCCUAUAGAUUCAAAAUUUUACUCUAUGUAUACGUGACAGCAUUUGGGAUAGAAUCUAUUCGUUCAUUUUUUACAUUAGUAUACUUGAAAUAUCAGACUAGAAUAUUCUAUAACAUGACUUUAAUAUUCGUUGCUAAUGAUUGUCUGACUAUUGUGGCCUUUAUCGCACUGCAUGUAUUCAGGUUUCAAUACUCAGGAAGAUAUUGCUCAGGAGACUAUGCCUCUAGAGAAGAGGACACAACUAAACUUUUAACACUAAGGGGUUAAUAUAUACUUUUACUCAUUGGUCUGGGAUGGAUGGUCAUCAUUUUAAGCUCUGUAGCCCUGUUUUGUAUAAGGAGAUUGUGA